UGAUUAACAAAUACCAAGUAACCAACCAGUGAGGUGCCAACUCAGGUCUGCUCACCAGUUGUUAGGCAGACCCAGGCUACCUGUACUGCAUGCGACCAGAGGCUGAUGCCCUUCCAGACACUUUUGGUUGUGCAGCAGCAGGCCUCAGGCAAAGUGCCAGGCAGGUAUACCUGUCUCUCCUGGAUGCCGAGAUUUGAGACCCAGAAAUCUCCCAUGGCUCCUUAUCACAUCCGCCAGUACCAGGACAGCGACCAGAAAAGUGUCUUGGAUUUGUUCAUAAGAGGAAUGGAAGAGCAAAUCCCUGCCACCUUCCGCCACAUGCUGACCCUGCCCCGAACCCUCCUUCUCUUACUUGGGGUGCCACUUGCCAUGGUCCUGGUGUCUGACUCCUGGCUGCUAGCUGCUAUGAGCAUCUUCUUUGUGCUCCUUCUCAUGAAGCUUCUUGCAAGACAGCCGUGGAAGAAGUAUGUGGCCAAGUGUUUGCACACAGACAUGGCUGACAUCACCAAGUCCUACAUGAAUGCACGUGGCUCCUGUUUCUGGGUGGCUGAGUCUGGGGGAGAGGUGGUGGGCAUCGUGGGUGGUCUACCAGUCAAGGAUCCCCCAUUAGGGAGGAAGCAGCUGGAGCUCUUUCACCUGUCUGUGUCCUCACAACAUCGAGGACAGGGGAUAGCAAAAGCUCUGAUCAGAACUAUCCUCCAUUUUGCAUGGGACCAGGGCUACAGUGAUGUCGUCCUUGAGACCAGCAUCUUGCCGAAAGGUGCUCAGGCCCUUUACAUGAGCAUGGGCUUCCAGAAGACAGGACAGUCCUUCAUAAGUGUGUUCUGGAGGUUAGCGGGUGUUCCUGCAAUUCAAUUAAAGCAUCCCCUCCCUUUUGCUUAGGAAGUGGGACUGAGUCCUAUGUUCCCCUGCAGCAAACAGGUCCCCUCCACUCUUCAGGAGUCGGUGAACCCUGUCAUGUGAGAUAAUGAACAAUAAAAGCUCCUAGCUGUUGCACACCAGAUUCUAAUUCA